GAUUAUCUCACCCAGCUCUAGCUAUAUAAGCUCACUGGAGCAGAUGGACUCCCCAGGGCAACUCAAGGGUUCAUUCCUCAGGAGGAAAACAGACUGACGAACUUCGGGGCAACAUGAUGGUUCUGAAGGUAGAAGAGCUGGUUACAGGGAAGAAGAACGGCAGUGGGGAUGCUGGGGAGUUCCUUCCUGAGGACUUCAGAGAUGGAGAAUAUGAAGCUGCUGUCACUCUAGAGAAGCAAGAAGACCUGAAAACACUUCCGGCCCACUUUGUCAGCCUGGGGGAGCAACAGUGGAAAACUGAGAAACAGCGAGAGGCAGAGCUCAAGAAGAAAAAACUAGAACAAAGAUCAAAACUGGAAAAUUUAGACGAUCUUGAAAUAAUCAUUCAACUGAAGAAAAGGAAAAAAUACAGGAAAACAAAAGUUCCAGUUGUGAAGGAACCUGAGCCUGAAAUUGUGACAGAACCUGUGGAUGUGCCUAGGUUUCUGAAAGCUGCCCUGGAGAAUAAACUGCCAGUAAUAGAAAAAUUCUUGUCAGACAAGAACAAUCCAGAUGUCUGUGAUGAGUAUAAACGGACAGCUCUUCACAGAGCAUGCUUGGAAGGACAUUUGGCAAUUGUGGAGAAGUUAAUAGAAGCUGGAGCCCAGAUCGAAUUCCGUGAUAUGCUUGAAUCCACAGCAAUCCACUGGGCAAGCCGCGGAGGAAGCCUGGAUGUCUUAAAACUGUUGCUGAACAAAGGCGCCAAAAUCAGUGCGCGCGAUAAGUUGCUCAGCACCGCGCUGCACGUCGCGGUGAGGACUGGCCACUACGAGUGCGCAGAGCAUCUCAUCGCCUGCGAGGCAGACCUCAACGCCAAAGAUCGGGAAGGAGAUACUCCCUUGCAUGAUGCCGUGAGGCUGAAUCGGUACAAGAUGAUCCGACUCCUGAUUACGUAUGGCGCCGACCUCAACGUCAAGAACUGUGCUGGGAAGACUCCGAUGGAUCUGGUGCUACACUGGCAGAAUGGAACCAAAGCAAUAUUUGACAGCCUCAAAGAGAACUCCUACAAAGCCUCUCGCAUAGCAACAUUCUGAGAAAAGCGAUGACAGACGAUUCCAUUGGCUGCUCUUUACCAGCACAUGGAAGGCGUUGCCCCAAAGAGCGACUCAUAGAGAAAUCCAGCUUCUGUUUAUCAGCCUGUUGUAAAGUGGCACCUAAUGAGGUUUGGAGCACAGGGACGUAGGCAUUGACAUUUUCCUUAGUGAAACUCACUCUAUUUAUUUGUAUUUAUUCCAGUUAACGUAUUUAUUUACUGCGAUACCACCGAUACUCAGAUCCUUUGUGAUCAUUCAUUUGGUGAACAAGCUUCGUUUGUAUGUGACACGUCAGAGCCUCCCCGUAGGUAGUUCUUAUACUAUGUUAACCAGCAAUGCCUAUGAUGUAUCACCUCACUCAGGUGAGAUGUUUCAAGGUGAUUUUGAAAGACAAAGGGGAUUACUGCAGCCCUCUUUUCUCCUGCAUUUUUAAUGCUGAAGUUUGAGGCCAUGGAAAGCCUGUAGCAGCAGAAGGGGAAACAGAAUGAGUGAUUCUGGGAAGACAGUAAAGCUGGCCAUUUGACGCCUGGGCCUGGUAUUUCUCACCAAGUAUGUACCAAGGUGAAGAGAAUGUCUUGAGGGUAAGUGGAAGGAACAUGGGCCACUGGGCCGUGCAGAACCAAAUGUGCUCAAAAAAGUGAAACUGCAAAUUGUAAAUGUGUAAAUGUGUAUUAUGUUGUAUGUAUAUUUUAUAUUCAUAAUAAAAGCAGAUUCUAAACCUC